AUGGAAGCGGCCUCGAGAUGGCUUUGUAGCUUCUAUGCAGACAAAGUGAAAAUUCAGCACUGCCGAUCAGUAAUAACGUGUGGAGAAACCGCACUAAUUUGUCGUAUCGAGUUAACCAAUCCUAAUUCAAAGUUUAAAGAUUAUCACGAGAAUAAAAUUACAAUUUUUAACCGCGAUAAAAACGCGGUAGCUGUGGAAGACUGUGAAUUUUAUAUAAACGAAGUAAAUCCUCGACAACUCAAUGUUCGCUGUUACGCUCGUUGCGCUGGGAGAGCUACAGUAAGGCUGGACCUUGGGAAAUGGUAUCAAUUUGAAGGUAAGCGACACAUAUUAUCACAGUAAACCACAUAGUCCACACUUGAUAGUUCUUUCAGCGGUUCGAUCUAAACAGUUUCCCGUAAAGGUCAAGCAAAGCCAUCAUAAUUAUUCAUUGCAACUGUAUGCCGCUUUUAUCGCAAGACUCGCGAUUUUGAGCACAACCUCACGGUCUCGUGAUAUGAAAUGCAAGUAGAUAUGAAACUCACGAUAUGAAAGGCCAACAGAAAUAUAAGAAUAUAAAGCUAAAGGCUAAAUUACCAAACGGUAAUAAAUUAUGAUCGACUAGAAUUAAGAUUGCUCGAACGUUUUAACAUAAGUGCGUAUACGAUCGAACAGUGGCAUUUUCUAAAUGUUUCAGUUGUUUUAUUCUGUUAAAGUGAUCCAAGGAAACUGUGAAAUUUGUGCGAUAGUCGUUAUUUCGUAGCAUAUACGUUUAUCAUGCUGUCGUCGAGUGGUAGGCCCGGAAAGGUCGCAGGUAUUGUCGUAUCAAACAAUGUUCAUAAUUAUGUUGUAGUAUGCACAAAUCAGACGACAAACUGUUCUAUUAUAUUACAUUUACUUCUCAAACAAAUCAUUAUUGUAGGACAAAUUCGACUUGAUAGGCCAUAUAUUUGAAUCAAAUUUUGGGCGCCAGUGUACAGUAAGUAGCGAUAAAGCGAAAAAUACAAGCCUUUUGUCAGGAAAUUAAUAGCGUGCAGGUUGGUAAACAAUGCAAAAGCAAUCACGCGAUAAAAAUAAAUAAAUUAGAAGGAUUUAAUCAAAACAAAGUGUAUAUACAUUAACAGAACAUGUAAAUCACACUACAGAAUAAAUUAAUAUGGGCAUAUUAAACUGGGAAUGACUUGCCGCAUUCUGACUAUAUACUAUAGUUAUGCCGGUUGUUGUUUUCUAGCCCUCUUUGACGGUCACUUGCAUGUCCAAUUGUCAACUAUUACUAAAAUUGAACUAUAUGACUAUGUAGAGUGCUGCAUAGGUCGUGCCUUGACAACAAUGGUCACAAAACGACAAAUGAAUCGAAAAGUGAUACAUAAACACCGCGGUCUGCCUACUACCGGGAGUAUAAAAAAAGAAGACUUUAGAAAUUGUUCUAUUGUUAUAAUUUCAAUGCCAAUUAUAAAUUAAAUAUUGCUAAGUGUACGGAUGCGUAAAAUAUUGACCGCUACACGUGCAUACACUACAAUAUCUUUGUUGUAUGCACAAGCGCACAGUACUUUGCUGUUGAGAGAAAUGGGGGCCACGUCGAAGGACACGGUGCUUGAUAUUUCGAUAUUAGUGCAUUAAGGCUUGAGCGCUACGUUAAAUUAACAAUACGCCUACUCAGGGGACAAGAAAUAGACAAGGAAUACAAAUCGUAAACCGUAAACGCAAAGCGUAACGUGAUUGACACAUGAGUCGGUUGAAUGCGCAAAAUUAUCCUAUAAAGUUAUCUUGAAGACUAGUGAGGAAUUAAGAUGUUUUCGUAAUAUCUAAUGAAACACAAUUAUUAAUCACAAAUACAAACGUUAUGCAUAAAUACACAUGUUCUCUGAGUAUGCGAUGCGCUAACUCAGACAACAUUGUUUACAUGCAUUCCCGCAUUAAGUCUGUAACGUAUAAAAUCCGAUAUUACUCCACCCCAAAACUCAGCGAUCCAAAUAUCGCAUUUGCAGAGACGUUGCAAGAAAAAGCAACACCAAGUCAACUUCCAAGAAAGUGCAGAGUAGGAUAAAUACAAAAUCCACAGAAAAACGCGGUAAAAUUCGUUGACAAAUGAAGAAAUUGUUUGAGACUGAAAUAUUCACUCAUUAUAAAUGACCGCCAUCUUCAAAACAGAUCUGUAUAGUAAACUGGAACACCGAAAACUGAACCUGCGAUGCGCUAACGCAAACUCGAUUUCUCGACGACGAAAAAACCCAGAAACCCCGCUAGAAAAUUAGGGAUUUAAGACAUUUGGCCUUAAGCCUGGUUCACACGAUGAAAUAAGCAUGAGCACAAGCAGCGAAACCUUCCAUGUGCAUAAACGUAAGCAUAAGAAGAACAAAUGUUGCGUUCUUCUUAUGCUUACGUUUAUGCACAUCAAAGGUUCCGCUGCUUGUGCUUGUGCUUAUGCUUGUGCUUAUGCUUAUUUCAUCGUGUGAACCAGGCUUUACAGGCCAGUGUGAUAAGCAGUGGUUAUCUGUUGACAUGUUGGAUGAAAUGGAAAAUCUUUUAAACUGAUAAUUUCCAUGCAUAAAAUUCAAUGAAGUUAUGCGCGAUUAUGCACACGUGGCUUAGCGCAGUGUUCUGGCAUUUAAAUUGUAACAUUAGGCUAUUUCUAAAGGUCUUCUUUCAUACACCGUGUAUUACUAAAUCGCUAACAAAGGCUGCCGCUCGCAAGUGUAUCGCUCGAAACAAAUUAUAGAUGCAUUAUAGAUAGAUGGUUUUACCAGUUCAAUACCUUGACUUGCAGUAUAUAUUCUGAAUUGCUAAGAUUUUUUUUUUUUGGGGGGGGGACAUUUUUUGAAAAGGGACUUUUCUGUGAGAUAAUAUAUUAGAGGGGGAUAGCAAUGGCUGAAGGUUACGUGUGUGGCCAAUAUAUCACGCGUGAAUGGGGGUGGUCUGGGCGCGUACUCCCCCAGAAAAUUUUUGAAAAUUGAAUCCCGGAAAUGUCAUUUCCUGCAUUCUGAGCAUCCAAAUUUGCUCCAAAAUUUAUGCUAACUAUACUUGUAUUUAAAAUAAAUAAAGGAAAAAAUGCACAAAAAGUACAAAAAAAUUAACCAUCAUUUAUCAUUACUUAUUAGAGUAGGAUGGGAAUGGUCAGGUGUGUGGGAGUAUGCUCCCCCAGAUAUGAAAUAUCUGAUAGAAAAAAUGAUAAAUAAAAGAUAGAAAAAAUGCACAAAAAGUAAAAAAGAAUAUUAACUGUAAUUUAUCAUUACUUAUUAGAGGGAUAAUCUGCAGAAAAUUUUUGAAAUUUGAAACCCGGAAAUGCUAUUUCCUGCAUUCUGAGCAUCCAAAAAAUAAAAAAAAUUAUUAACAAUAAUUUAUCAUUACUUUAUAGUGGUAGAAAAAAGUAACAAUUUAAAUCGAUUUUGUUAAACAAGGACAAAGGAUAAAGCCUAAAACUUACUUUCCGUUUAUGUAUUUGUUAAUCUUCGCUGGUUUGUUUCUAUAAUUUUAGGGAAAAGGGACUUUUCUUCCCCCCUCUACUUGUAUGUUAUAAAAGGCCCUGUCCCACCGUGGUCAGGCAUAUUUUUCACGCUUGACCGGUUUGGAUAUACACUCAGAGUAACAUCACAAACAACAUGUUUACUCGUCAAGCAAUAAAAUUCAUAAACAUAAUAUUCAAUGUAUACUUGCCCUGUAUUUUCGAUUUCCCAUAUAGUAUAUCAAUUCUUCUUAUUCCUUGAAGGUAAAUUUCUUCAAAACUCAUUGUUUUGUAUAAAACGAUUUCCCAAAUAUAUAUUUUUAAAAAUUGAAAUCUUGCCUAUCGCACUUCUGGAAAGCAGAGAUCAGUCAGGAUGUCCGCCCACACACAUACACAUGACACGACUUUUGGCCGCGUUAAUUAAUGCUUUCUUACCCGCUGGUGUAAAUAGCCGAACGGAAUUAGUACCGUCGCCCUGGGCUUAAGCCCGGAACGGGGCUUCGCGCCGUUGGCUCGGGGAUUAAAAUUAUAUUCCAUUUCUGUUAAUCCUAUAGUCUAUGACUAUUAUUAAGACUAUAGUCCAUGGCUAUUAAGAUUAUCGUACAUAACAAUAAAGAUUAUAGUCAUAAAUAUUUAGAUAAUUGUCCAUGACAAUUAAGACUACUGUCAAUCUCUAUUAAAACCGUCUUUGAUAAUUAGUAAUCCUAUUACCCAUGACUAUUAAAAUUUUAGUCCGGGACUAAUAAGACUAUAUAUAGUUCACGACUAAUAAAAUAGUAGUGACAUAGCAACUAAAAUUAUAGUCAUAACUAAUAAGACUUUAGUCCUUGACUAUUAAGACUAUAGUCACAGAAUAAAGAUUAGUAACCGAAGGGCCACUCAGCGGUGCAACGUGUCCUCGUUUUUUUAUGCAAAAAUAUCCAGUUUACUGGCCAGAAGGCGGAGCAAGCAGACAGUAAAGCGCGUCUAUUGGCCAGAAAAUGUGAUUGACUAGCUAGGAAAAUGGCGGCCAACAUGCGUAAUGCGACAUGCGCGAGGAGAGAAACUUCAAAGCUUCGGACGUAAGUGGCCCUUCUAUAUGGAUCUUUAUCUAUGCCAUAGUCAUAGCCUAUUAAGAACGGUCGGUGCAAGUGCAUGUAGUGACGAUAAUAAGAUUGAUAUGUAUGCAACAAAUUACCGAAAAAUACGAGCAGAAUUUCGACUGUUCGAGCGAAGCGACCUUCACGGGAAGUUGCAGUGGUAGCGUGGAUCGGGAAAAUUGGCUGAACUUUUUUGCCAUAUAAAAGCGACCACGUGAAAAAACAUAAACCGAUCAGAUUGAAUUAGUCUAACCAAAAGGUAAACAAAUAUGUAAAUCAUAUUACAGAAUAUCUUAAUACAAAUAUACAGAAAACUACAAUAAUUACAAAUAAUAGAUAGAAAAAAAAUUGCAAUAAGGUGAGCAUUUAAAGACUGUUAAUGUCUGCUUUUGAUCGGCAAAGAGAGAAAGAGCUAAACACAGGAAAAACGUUCACUACUAUCAUAGGAAUAGACAGUGCCAGGUUUGGGAAUGAGGCGCAUUCAUCUCUUUUUCGGCUAUCAUUGCUUCCAGUAAUUCGACAGAGGUCUCGAAUUUUCAUGUCUGAAAAACUAUAAUUGCCACUAUUAAAAUAUCUAGCAACAGGUUUGCUAGUAUCGUUGGCAAUGACUGCACGGCGAUACUCGCCAAGCUUUGUCCUCCUUGUUUCUCCAAUAUAAGGUAUGCCACAUCUCGUGCAUGAGAUGCAGUAGCUGAGAUGGGAGGAGGUCCAUGUGAAAUGGUCGUUAACAUAGUUCUUAGAUUUUGGUGUCGAAAUGGCAGUAGCAGAAGUUAUAAAAUUAUAGGUACUGUAUUCCAUUGGGGCACCCAACAAGUGUUAUGUUAUGUAUAAACAAGUAAAAGGUUUUUUAUUUCAUAAAUCUAGAUGAUAACAAUAUGUUCUAUAGUGUUUUUACGAAUAUCGAGUCCUAACCAAAACAUCGUAGUUUGGGGUGUCCGUGUUCAUUUUAAGGGGCAAUUAUGUACCAGGCUGCUGAGUACACCCCAUAACAUCUCUCUCCUUCAGGGUUCUACAUAAACAUGUUUUUAAACUUGCAUUAGGACUCAGUCACAUAGUCCUCGAGAUAUGCUGGUCUACGUGUUUGUCUAUUGGAUGUUCUCCUUGUACCAUUGGGAGCUGCAUGCUCUUCAGGUUCAUGAGCAACCGAUUCUUCGCAUUCUGGCAGCUGCUGUCGGUCUGGAACAUCAUGUUCUUCCAUUGGCAAUUCUAUGUCUGCGUCUAACUCGUCUGGUUCCACAGUUUUGCGAAGAUGCCUGCGAUUUCUUCUAUAGUUUCCUCCAUCAUCAGUUGCAACAAUAUACGACCUCGGACUAGCAAUCGCUUUCACCUUUCCUUUCUUCCAGCUUUUCUUUCUUUUCUCUGGCAUCAUACGGACUGCAUCACCGACCUUGAGUGUUGGAAGUUUCUUUGACCCCUUGUCGUAAUAGUAAGCUUGUUUAGUUUUUGCCUGUUGGAACUCCUGUUUUGAAGAAUGCAUACAGGGAGGCCCAAGCAAUUUACUUUUACAAGAAUUGUGGAUCUUGUUCUCCUUCCACAUAAUCGUUGUGCUGGCGAGGUACUCAUACCUUCUGAUGGUGUGUUCCUGUGUUCGAGAAUGGCCAGGUAAGGAUCUGCUUUCGCAUCUAACGCUUUCAUCAUAAUCCGCUUUGCGGUCUUCACCGCACUUUCUGCUUUCCCGUUGGAUUGAGGAUAUCGACGCGACGAUGUUACAUGUUCGAAUUCAUGUUGCGCAGCAAAGUCCUGAAACUCGCUGGAACUGUACUGUGGCCCGUUAUCACUGACUACCCACUCAGGUACACCGCAAUGUGCCAUGUGUGCCUUUAAUUUUUGGAUAACUUCAGUGCUUGUCUUCGAGUAUAAUCUGUCUACUUCUAUAAAGUUAGAGUAGUAGUCCACUGUAACAAGAAAGUCUUUGUUUCGAAGCUCAAACAGAUCUGUUGCGAUCGACUCCCAUGGACGUGUUGGGACUGGAGAACUCAUAAGAGGUUCUUUCUGGUUUGUUGCUCGAUACUGCGCACAAAAAUUGCACUUCGCGAUGACAUCCUCGAUGUCCUUGUUCAUCCCUGGCCAAUAGAAUACUUCCCUUGCUCUUAUAAGUGUAGCCUGUACCCUGCCAUGGUUGUAGUGAAGUUUUUCUUUUAUUUCUGUUCUCAAUCCUUCUGGCACAAUCAACCGCUCUCCUUUAAAAAUAACUCCAUUUUGUACUGUCAACUCAUCGCGAAAUGGGUGAAACUUCAGCUUGUGUACUUGGCCACGCUUCUUUCACAAUUGGAACCAACGCGUGCAGGUGGCUGUCUGCCUCCGUGUGCUCUUUAAUUUGGACUAAAGUAGUUUCUCUUACCGCUAGGUUCUGCAACAUAUCAAUUUGCUCUACUUCUCUUUCCGUUGCUGAUUUUGUGUCAUGCAUUAUCAUUACUACUUCUAUCUCUCCGGCAUUAGGCUGGUGGAGAGUUGCGCGACUUAGUGUAUCUGCCAUAAACAUAAGUGGCCCCUUCUUGUACACAAAUUCGAGCUCAAACUUCUGGAGUUGUAGCAUCAUUCUUUGUAAGCGUUUUGGUGCACUUAGUAGACUUUUCUUCAAAAUAGACUCUGGUGGUUUGUGAUCUGAUUCCACUUUUACGUUUCGACCAUACAGAUAACUUUCGAAUCUUUCCAACCCAAACACGAUGACCAGCAUCUCUUUCUCGAUCUGAGCGUACUGCACUUCAGUUGGUGUUAGAGACCUUGAUGCAUAUGCCACUGGUUGAUUGUUUUGUAAAAGGCAUGUUCCAGCGCCAUGGACGCGUCACACUGCAGGACUGGCAUUACAUUGGGGUCAAAGAACCGUAGUACUGGUGGUUCUGAGAGGAUCUGCCGGAUUUCAUCCAACGCUUUCCCAUGUACAUGUUCCUUCCAUAUGAAUUCAUUUCCUUUCUUGAUCAGAUCACGUAGAGGUGUAGUAUUUUCAGCUAGCUUAGGGGCAAACUUCUGGACAUAGUUCACCAUGCCAAGCAAUCGCUGCACUCCCAGCUUAUCUGUGGGGACUGGCAUGUUUCGGAUGGCCUUCGUUUUCUCGGGGUCAAUCUUUAGUCCAUCCAAUGUAAUACGAUGGCCCAUGUAGCUUACCUCUUUGAGUUGAAGUUGGAUCUUGUCAGGGUUCAGCUUGAGACCCUUCUCUUUGCAUCGUUCCAUCAAGCCCUUGAGGUUCUUGUCGUAGUCUAGAUAAGCUUCUUCAUCGGUUGCACCACUGCCAUAAACAAGAAUGUCAUCUGCAUUGACUUUGAUUCCAGGGAGACCCACCAAGAUUUCAUUCACACGACGUUGAAACACUUCUGGUGCGGGUGAUAUGCCAAAGGGCAUGCGAAGCCACCGGUACCGACCCCACGGAGUGCCAAAAGUUGUUGCAUAGGAACUUGGCUCAUCAAAACGGACAUGCCAAGACCCGUUUUUGGCAUCAACGACUGAGAAACAGCGAGCCUGGGCCAAAUGUCGUCAAUGGUGGGUGAAGGGUAAUGGUUACGCUUGAGAGCUUUAUUUGAUGGCUUUGGGUCAAUACACAAUCGGAUGUCACCAUUCUUCUUGACUGUAACCACAAUAGCCGAUAUCCAGGUCGUCGCUGUAUCUACAGGAGCUAUGACGUUCACAUCGACUAGUCGGUUGAGCUCUGCUUUGAGUUUAUCUUUCACAGCCAGUGGAAUCCUUCGUGUUGGGAGCUCGACUGGGGAGAUGGAUUCAUCAAUCUGCAGAUGCAAUGUGCCCGGUAAAGUUCCUUGACCCUGGAACACUGCUGGAUACUCCUCAAUGAGAUGCUGUUUGGUGAUAAACUUGGGUACAUCUUUAACAUUUGACUCGGUAGUAAAAAUGUUCUCUUUGUUAACUGCAAGUAAGUUCAUGAGUUGACUAGCUUUAGCCCCGAGUAUGGACUUGCAAUUCUCUUCCACGACCAUAAACUCUAUACUGUAUUUCUUGUUAUUCUUAGGAUUAAUAACUUGAAUCCUUGUCUUUCCGAUAGGCUUCACUUCGGACCCAUUGUACAUUACAAAGGUGGUGUUUGUUUUCACCAGCUUCGUCUCAAUAGGCUUUUGAAAACAACCUGCCAGUGUCCUUUUAGAUACUGUAAUACAUUUAUUGUGGCUCCACUGUCAAUUUGAAAACUUUCUAGGUUUUUGUUAAUCAUCAAGGGGGCACUUGGUUUGUAGGUGUAUUGAUCAGAGUUAACUGCACCUACCUCUUCUUUGAUCUCCACCAGACCUAUAUAUUCUCCCUCCGAUGAGUCUGUAUCAUCGUUGACGCCGGAUACUGACUUUCGUUGGCUAAAUGGUCUUCGUUGAGCAUUACAGACGACUGCAAAAUGAUUCUUUCUUUUACACAAUGAGCAUGUUUUGCCCCAGGCUGGGCAUUUGAACUUAUCUCUGGGAUAAGAUUUGUUGCAGAAUUUACACUUGAUUAACACUUCUUCAACUCUUUUCUUGACUCGCUUCCUUUGCUCUUUGUACUGUUCUUUUCCAACAGCCAAAACUUGCUCACCUUCAGCUUUCAUCGAUUCGAGUUGCUUCGCCGUCUUUUCACAACACCGAACUAUAUCUAUACUUUGUUGCAGAGUAAGCUUUGAGACUUGCAAUAAUUUCUUUCGUGUGGCGUUGUCCUUAAUACCCAUGACAAUACGAUCUCUUAUCAAGUUGUUCUUCCAAAUUACCAAAGUUGCAUGUCUUGGCUAAAGUACGAAGGGCUGCAAAGUAAGCAUCAGCCGUUUCGUAUGACUCUUGAUCUCUUUUAUUAAAACAAUACCGUUCGUACGUCUCAUUUUUCUCUCCAAUACAAUACUUUUCCAACUUGCUUACAACAACAUCGAUGUCCUUUCUCUCGUCUUCAUUCGCGAAGUCCAGUCCGUCAAACACAUCAAGAGCAUCAGCUCCAAUGCACGUCAACAGAGUCGCUGUUCUUAAUUUUUUAUUUGUACUAGGGUUAUUCGGAUCCCGCUGAGACGUGCUAGCGCUGCUAUUUUGUAGUUGUUCCACGCACGAUAAAACCUUUUCCAAUUCGUUGCCGGAUUACCUGUCAUGGCCAGCUGCGGUGGCAUGGGCAAAUUCACCGGAAUUUGUAUAAUUUUAACCUCCUGAGACGCCACGGACGUUGUCGGUUCAUCUUGGGCCGACAUAUUUAAUAUUUUUACAAUAUCUCCUCGAAUGUUUCACACUUUCGCCUCGUCUUGCGCGAGUUCACGGAGCUGCUGCUGCACAAUAAUAUGUCGAUAGUAUUUUUACGAAUAUCAAGUCCUAACCAAAACAUUGUAGUUCGCGGUGUCCGUGCUCAUUUUAAGGGGCAACUAUGUCUCAGGCUCCUGAGUACACCCCGUAACAACAAGGAAACGUUUCAUUCUGUGAGGACGAAUCCUGUGGCAGGGUGCUAUGAACAAGGGUUGCACGGACAUUUUUGCUGUGCCGAAAAAGGAGCAAAGGAGUUAAUGUAAGAUUUUUAGGGUCGUUUUUCAAGAUAUAGAAACUCCUCCUAAUGACAUCUUUAAUUUUAAAAAUUGCAGAUUUCAUCAGGAGGAUUUUCCAUAUCCUCAAAAAAGACCAUGAAACAUCUUCCAUAGUGCACCACCCUCACUGCCUGCUGCUGACAUCGUUAUUGGAGCGCUACUCUCCACUCGCUCUACCCAGUCUAAAACUGCCACUAUAUGUACUAUUAAUAUUCACCCUCUUUCCUGGUUUUUCAACGUGAAAAACCAGGAAAUACCUUUUGGUAAUUUACCAUUAGAAAGGUCAACAUUGAGUUGGUGGAGUUGCGGCUAAGGAAGCCAAACAUGAUUUCCCAGGGAAUUAAUCGUAAGGUUAUGCCAAUUUUGUGUAAUGGAAAUUGAUCUAAUAUAUGCAGAUAUGUGCAAGAUGUAGGUGAGUAAGAUAAAUACACGGAAUACAUAGAAACAAGUAUGAAGUAAUGUGAGAAAAAUGAUAGAAAUGAAAGUACUGGUAACGUCUGUUGAUGUCAAGCAUAGAUGGAUUGAAGGUCGACGGUGCCAUGUUCCGAAAUGAUACACAUUUCCUGUCUUGUCAAGAUGUGGGGAAGAGGACUCGAGAUUUAACACCUGGAAACCUGUCAUUAUCAUCAUAUAAAUAUCUGGCAGCUUGUCGGUAUAACGUCAAACGGUCUGUGCAAGUCUAGGUAGUAACAAAAAUACCACUUACUCGAAACGUCGUCGUUUUAUUGUAUUUUUCAAGUAGUUGAAUCGUUAUCCAUCCGCGCGUUUACAACAUGGCGGUAGCAUUUUUACAAAUGACAGCACGGCGAUGGUGCCUUUUCAUCAAAAGACUUCUGGUUUUCCCAACAUAAAGUAUGCCUGAUCUACUGCAUGAGACGCCAUUGGUAAGAUAUUAGACGAUCUGCACGUAAAACGAUGUCGCAUGUUGCAUUUGUGAUGAUGGCGAAACAGUAGUAUAAGAGUCAUCAAAGUCACGUUUGACAUUGAAUCACGACAAUAAAUGUACCAUUUGGUGGAAACGAAUCCUGUGACAAAGAGUUACGGACAGAGGGACGUUAAAGGGCUUGCUAUUUUGUAACAAAUAUACUGAAUUAUUUGCACUCUCAUAUUGACCAAACCUGCUCAGUCUAAUUCUGACGCAUCUAUUAUGACGCCAUUGCAUACAUAAUAAGUGACGCCAAUGUGCCUCUCUCCACUCCUUUGAUAAUUUUAAUUAUCAGUUUCUGCUCUGAGUAAAAACGGUGACCGUUGCAAUUGAUAAUUGUGACGUGAUAAACGGGUAUCACGGAUUUCCUGUCAGCAUAACCUGCGUUUCCAGUCCUUGCAUGUCUUCUGAAUUGCCUAUGAAUUGAAGAAUGCUCAGCGACAGACUACUGUAACUAGAAUACAUGCUUGCAACAACCCCUCUCCCACAUUUUCCAAACAUUGUUUCAACAUGCAUGAAAAAUUCUCAAGUACGCCAACACUGAACGCAGGCUCGGCGUCGCUCGCGUCAUGCUAGCCAUGCCAACACUAUCAUUGGUUUUUUGAAUUUUUUGUACAAAACAGAAAAAAUAAAUGAAUGUUUUACACUUUUAACCACAGAACGAACUGAUUUCCAAAAUAUAUAUAAGAAUAAUUUUAGAAUAAUUUGAACUCCUUUUUUGAGCUUUUAUAUAAUAUUAAAACAAGUCAAUUCAAAUAAACUUUCAUAUACAAUGAAAAAGAAAGCUGUACAUGUUCAUGGCCUUCAGGCGAAAAAUGAAUAGCAAAGUCAUACAUCAACAGUAAAAGAAAAGUUUUCCUAUACUUCAGGAUUUCCCAUACUUAUUGUUUCUUUAAAACUUGAAAAAGGUGAUUUAUAAUUUAUUGUGUGAAACGAUUUCCAAGCUUUCUGUGAUGUUCUUCAAAUCUUUGUUUCCUUCACUCCUGGAAAGCAGCUAUAUUUUUGAGAUGAGUGAUAUGGACACACAUGUAUAGCCAUUCGCCCACGAUUAUUGAUGAACUUUAGACUUCGCAUAAUGCUUUCCUUUUGUCGGGUGUAAAUAGCCGACCGUAAUUAGUACCCUCGCCACGGCCUUCGCCUUACACGCUCCGCGUGUGGCUCUUGGAUUAACUUUGUCCAAGAACGCCUAGUUUCUGCUGCACAUUCAUCUCGCAUUCAAUUCUGUUAAGACUUGCUUAACGCUCGGUUGAGUUGAGCUAAUUACUAUUACUCAACACUAGUGUUGUGGGAUUGACAUUACCUUAUUAAUUAUCAAUUAGACAACGAAGCCGAGUUGUCUAUGAGCGAAUAGUCAACGAGGCGAAGCCGAGUUGACUAUUUGUUCAGAGACAACGAGGUUGAGUUGUCUAAUUGUUUUAGUAUAAACCACAUAAAGAAAACGGAAUUUUUCACUUGAUUUUUAUGUAAAAUAAUAAUGCUUUAACGAAAUGAGCGUUUAAAUGGCUUCCUUUGGCGACAUUUCGCCUCGGCUUUGCCUUUGUUGACAACUACUCAGUGUUGCGAACUCUCAAGAAUGACUUGAAAAAUACAACUUGUGUGUUUAAAAAAAGUUAAGAAACAUGUCGUAGAACAGUAUAAUAGUAAGAGACCGUUAUAGAAGCUAAGUUUGGUUAAUUAAAACUUAUUUAAAAGAAGGAAACAAGGCUUAAAAAGUCCACCUUUCGAACACAAAAUGGCUUCCCGAAUUGUUACUAAAUUAAUAAAUAAAGUUUACUUUAAAAAGCCGAAAAAAAUGCACACACAUGCAAAAGAAUCCGAUUAUCCGAAUGUAGUUGAAAUCUUUAAAAUAUCUGGAACAUAAAGAGGCAAACCAUUUUCAUAAUGUAGUAUACAUAGACAGUAGUUUAGAUUAAAAUUAAAAUCGAAAAACUCGACUUGAAAAGGCUCGAAAAGGCGAAAAACAAACUCGGCCAAAAUCUCAAGAUUUAAUACAUGAACUCGUACUUAAAACAUGAACUAAAUACAUGAACUCGUACUUGAAACAAGCACACACUAAAGAAGUUGAGAAAAUAGGGGUAAAUAGCUACAAAGUAUUGUUGAAUUUCAAUGAUUCUGUUUGGAAUAUUAACAAACAUUGUGCAUAUAUUUAAAAAAAUCGCCUGUCACUUUCAUGUUCAAAACUACGAGCAAAGUUGAGAAAACUUAAAAAGUUUACCGCAUGUGUCAGCAGUUUCCAAGAGUCUUUGUUUGUGUGUAAUCCAGAACCAAAAUUAGGCUAUUUUGAUAAGCUUUUCCCCUUUAAAUGCAGCUUUUAAUACUUAAAAAUGGCCAUUGACUCUCGCGCCCUUCGCCGCUUGUUGCUACUAGUAGGCUAUCACUAAUAGCCUACUAGUAGCGUAGCCAAUCAGAACGCACGAUAGCCAGAAUACAUGAUAGCCUAUUAGUAGGCAGUGGGCUCCAUAUAUAUCUGGAGUAGGAACUUGGUUGCUCAAAAUGAAGCCAGUUUCGUGUUAACCGCGCAUACAAAAACAAUAGAAAGGGACUGGAACUGACGUCCAAGAGCUCCUUCAAUUUCCGCCAUCUUGGCAAGGAGUGUGUUGAAAUUUCGUAUUUUGACUUCGAUUAAAAGAAUAAUAUUGUGAUUUUAUGAACUGAAAACUUGAUUAAUGAUACGGUCUAUUAGAAAAACUGGAAUUAGCUUGGGAAAAUGGUAUAAAAACUGUUUACGACCUUCAGAGCUAUUGGACGUCCAUGGCCGCCGUCUUGGCUUCACUUUUCUUAUUGACCGAAUGACUGAAGUUCUUACUCCAGAUAUAUAUAGAGCUCACUGUUAGUAGGUUUAUACUAAUUUUAAAUAGACACUAAUUAACCGUUACGCUAAUCAACAAUUAUUUUUCUUAGAUCAAGAUAUAAACGUUGACAUAGUUCCGUCGACGCCAAAAUAUCUAAGAAAUGUGGACGUUUGCUGUUAUCAGAGGUCUCAUGAGGAGGAACAUAGAGCAGCCAAUAUGGGCACAUUGUAUUAUGGCACUGAAUCGCUGCUGAAAUUUGAAGUCCUUGACAAGUAUGGAAACUUAAUCGACGAAGUCCGAGAAGAAGGUGACUAUGAUGUUAUGAUAUCGUUCGGGGACAACAAUGUUUUGCAUUCUUUGAAAUGGAAAAUGAGAAAUGGCACAAUAUUUGCGUUUUUUUUGCCAAAGCUGAUUGGAGUAAGGAAGAUGGUUGUACAUUUUGUCGACAAGAGAUCGAAUUCAAUGCAGGAAUCGAUCUUUCCUUACCGAAUGUCCAUUAAUAUCCUUUAUCCACCGUGUUCACCGUUCCUUACGCUGAAGUUUCUUGAUGACAAUCUUGAACAAAAUUGUACGGCAGGCAAAAGUCUUAAUUUCGAAGUGCAGAUUUACGAUAUUUUUGGAAAUCCAGUACUCAAAGACUCGACGGAAAUAUGUGAAAUAAACGUUCAAUCUUCCACUCUUAAAACAGGAGUGAAACAACAUGGAAAAGAACAAGUGAAUAUAAGAAAGAUUAUUUCAGAAAAAAAAUUAAGUUUUGUGGUUACAGUUUGUUUUAAAAUUGCUGGGUUUAGAAAAGUUAGAUUGAUUGUUAAGUCUGGUUCUAAGUCCAGUUCCAAAUACAUUUAUGUUAAAGUUCUUCCUUCCGCCCCAGAUCAUUUGAAUACAGUUGGAUUUGAAACAAUUGGCGCCAUUGAUGAAAGUUUUAGAGUGGAUCCUACAGUAAUGUACAGCGACAAGUGGUCAACUUUAGAGGCACGACUGGUUGAUUGCUACGACAAUGGUGUUCAGACACUGAGUAACGACGACUACACCAUUAGCUUGAAUUUGUUCAACGAUAAGGAGGAGGAAAUACAAACGGAAUACAAGGGUGCGCAAAUUCGAAACGAAAGACUUCGAAUGCAAAUAAAGAUUAAUCAGGCCGGGGAAAAUAAUUUAUUAAUAGCUCUUACGCAAAAUAAUUUUCCAUAUCAUGAGUUCCUUUUGAAUGCGAUUCAAAUACAAGUCGACGACGCACCAUUUUACCUGGCCGGAUCGAAAUUCCGUUAUCCUGAAACUGGCGUAGCCGGGGAAGAGAUUCAGUUAAAAAUCCUUCCAUUUGAUGUAUUUGGUUGCCGCUUGCCUGCUUCCACGAGUUCGGAUUAUAAUCUGACCGGAACUAUCUCAAAUUCUCCUUCAGAUGCAAACGAGAACAAGGAAACCAUGGACUUCAAAACAAUCAAGAACGAAUCGAAUGUGGUAAUUUGCAUUUCAAUCGUCCUAAAAAGAGCUGGUAGAAGAAAGGUGAUGAUCUUUGACAAGGAUAAUAAAGGUGAGAAAACGAUCAGUCAUUUACAUUGCAAGAAAAAUUGAUUGUAAAUGAAACGUCGGUUGCGUCUAUGGACUUUGCCUUAAACCAAUAUAAUUUACGCUUCUAAUGGAUUACAACAUCUGAAAUCGAUUGCUGGGGCUUAAAAUCCCAUAGGGUACAUGGCAUGCAUACACCACGUAGAUUUCUUGCCAUGAAAAAUUGCA